AUGGUCUUGGUGGCCAUCAUGUUGAUGUUGUUAUUGCCAACACAACAGGAUAGUAUGGUGUCGGCAGCCAACUCACCCUACAGACUUGGAGAGAGCAAGAAAUGUCGUGACUGUCUAAUGGGUCAACUAUGUCUAAACAAUACAUGCACAACAUGUCAGACAAAUGAUCAAUGCCAAACAGAUUAUAGCUCUCAGAGUAUAUGUAGCGGAGGACUAUGUGUCCACAAGACACUAUUUCACAACAAGCUCUCUGGAAUGGAUAUACUAAGUUUCUUCCUCCUCUUCGUCGGCUGUGCCCUGUCAUCUGGCGGUGGAAUUGGAGGUGGUGGUAUCUACAUCCCCAUCCUGAUCUUGGUUAACCAGUUCAGUCCAAAGGUGGCCAUACCCCUGUCCAAUUGUUUGGUAGCAGGUUGUGCAAUGGCCAAUCUCAUUCAGAACUUCCCGCGAAGACAUCCACAUGCCAACAAACAUUUGAUCGACUACUCUGUGGUCUUGUUGAUUGAACCAUUGACACUGUGCGGUACUGUGUUUGGUAUUUACCUCCACACUCUGCUGCCGCCCUACAUCAUCCUCAUCCUGUUGGUACUCACAUUGACGGCCACUGCCGCCACCACCAUCAAGAAGGGUCUGGAUCUUUAUCGUAAAGAGAAGAUCAGACGCGACUACCUCAACGUCAACGAUGGUGGCACGCCCACAAACGAGAAGAAAAUGAACCCCUUCUACGAUGCCGACUGGAUCAAGAUCUUCUUGACUCUCUUCAUCUUGGUUAUGUCCACAAUGUUCUCAGUGUUCAAAGGUGGAAACAAUGAGUAUAGUGUCAUUGGUGUCAAGCUCUGUUCAGUGCCCUAUUGGAUACUGUCUUUUGCCAUUGUGCCACUGGUGGUUGUGGUGUGGGUCUUCACGGCUCGACGCCUCUACUCCAACUUCCAGAGAAACCAAGCUGAUGGCAUCAUCAUUGAGGGUGACAUUCGCUACACACGCAAUGCCAUCAUCCUCCUGGCAGGUCUCAGUGUACUUGCUGGUGUCCUUGCCUCACUACUAGGCAUUGGUGGUGGUAUGAUUAAGGGUCCAGUACUCCUAGCCAUGGGUCUCAGUCCAGACAUUGUCGCAGCCACAUCUAGUUUUAUGAUUCUAUUCACAUCGGCAUCAUCUGCAUUCCAAUAUAUAUUGCUGGGCAAGUUAGCACUGGACUAUGGACUGGUGUACUACUUGAUUGGAUUCGCUGCUUGCUUUGUUGGAACACAGACACUGAUAUGGGUUGUCAAGAAGUACAAGAGAAGAUCAUACAUUGUCUUCCUGAUCUCAUGUAUCAUCGUGAUCAGCACGAUACUCCUGGUGAUCACCGAGGUCAUCGACAUGGAGAAGUACCCCAACCAGCCUUUCGUUUCGAUUUGCGUUCCUUCCAGUGGACCGCUAAGCAGUAUGUUCUAG